AUGUGGGACGGUAUUCAGAUUGCAGCCCAGCAGCUUCCAGACGAUGUAUCGUCAGCUGCUGCGUUCACGACUAUAGUGCGGGCAGCCGAACAUCUCGCCCGGGCACAACACCUGCUCGCCCUCCAGAGCGGAAAAGAUGACGAGGCGCUGCGACAGAACGUCGAGACCGAAAUCGGUAUAGUAUAUCAAGGCGAUCGGGGCAGGAUCAUUCCACAGAACGGUAGCGGCACUCUGGUCGAACACGAUCGAAUCUACAUCCGGCUGACUAACAGGGGUACCAGCACCGUUUAUGUAACAGUAUUCGGCAUCAAUAAGGCGGGAAUAAUCGGAUUGCUCUCAGGAGAUGAUGCAACAGGGAUCAAGCUGGAACCUGAUCAAUCUUAUACACUUGGUGGUGGAGGCGAGUUCGAGGCCCUAAAAGGAAUGGGCGUGACGUGGCCAGAAGGGGUCCCGAGUUCGCAGCCCGUGGAUGAGCAAAUCGUGCUAAUUCUCACCGAUCCUGCUGUGGAUCUCAGGCAUCUGGCAAAUCGUGAUCGUUGCCAGAAGGGGAGGCGGGGGCCCCAAUCCAACCUGGAGCAGCUGGCAAACUGCAUCACGUACGGAGGCACACGUACCAUCAAGCCCGAGCCCCGCGCCACCCCCAUCCGUUAUGAUGUGCUUCAGGUUCCGUAUUCCCUCUUGCCUUUCACGCAGCAAGAUCCUGGGCCUAAUGCUGAUUAUGCCAUUCGGGAAUGGUCGAGAGAGGAGCCUAUGGCCGCCAACGAGAUCCCAGAGCCAGAGGCUGACGCCAGCUGGAGGGCCCUUCCGUCCCAACCAUCGGUUGUACCUCGGGCAUCAAAGGGAGGUAUAGGUGCGCUUGUGCGAGCUGCGAAGGGCAUCCCGCCGUGCGUUUGGGUCGUCAACCAGCACUCGGAGGAAAUCACCGUGGUCGUGUCCAAGUAUCGACCCAACCGUCUGGUCUCUGGAGGAGGGAUAUCGGCUUCAAGCACUGGCGCCGGCGUCAAUAUUAGCACAAUGACCUUUCUUAGCCCUGUCACCAAAAAGAAGCUUGCGCCGUCAGCUCUCGGCCCCACACGUUCGAAGGCCGUAUUUCCCCUUUGGACACGAAAGGAGGGGUUCGGGGUCAUCAGCAUCUUGAAGGGUCCCAGCGAAAGCCUGUAUAUCGAGAAUGACCGGAUUCCGAUCGGUGCAACUGCUUAUUUCAAAAACCUGCCGGAUCUUGAGCUUCGAGAUUACUAUGGGCAACAACUCAAUUAA